GUGAGCCUAAGGAAUAGGUUUGGCCCGUUCAGGCCGUAUUAUAGCAUAAGAAUCUUGGUCUCAAAUAGACAAGCCAUUGCUAAACUACAAUGGGGCGCACGAAGUCUGAUAUUUGGAAGGAGUUUGUCGUCACAUCAACCAGUACAUCCAAAUCCAAAUCUCUUUGCUGCACUGCAAUUUGCAAACACUGCACCUUUAAAUAUGAGUUUGCUAAUGCUACGCGUCUGUCUCAACACAUUGCAUAUGAGUGCAAACAAUGUCCAGAAACCCUGAGGACACAAAUCCAAAAAGUAGUGAAAAUUGCAAGUUAUUCUAAGAAGAAAUUUCAGAGAAUAGUAAUAGAGAGUGAUGAGGAUGAAAAUGGUAAUCUUGUCGUGAUCUCACACUCCACACCCACACCCUCACCUUCAACAUCACGGCCAUCUUCGGCAGCUUCCAUUGCUAGCAGCUCAGCGCAAUCUAUUCAACUGGCCAAUCCUACUCCAUCUACUAGUUCUGGCUCAAAAAUUCAAACAAUGGACAGAUAUACGUGUUUCACUUCUGAUAAACAAAAAAAAAGAAUUGAUGAGGCAUUAGCACGAGCCAUGUAUAUGAGUGGUUGUCCUUUAAGCCUUUUAAAUAGUUUAUACUGGAAAGCAACUUUUCGUGAAUUGCGCCCAUCAUACCAGAUUCCAACUUCUUACCAUUUUAGUACCUCAUUACUGAAUGCUGAAUAUGAUUUAGUAAUGCACUGUGUUGAGACAAAAAUUCAGGCGGCACUUUGUUUGGGAAUUAUAACUGAUGGAUGGACUAAUAUAAGACACAAAAGUUUGAUUAACUUCUUGUUAACUACUCCAGAGCCAGUGUUUCUAAAAUCAGUUUGUCGAGGCAAAGAAAAGGAAACGGGCAAAUUUCUGGCCAAUUUGCUUUUUGAGCUAAUAGAUGAGAUAAAAAGCAAAGGUGUUAGUAAGACUAAGUUUUUUAUCUUAAUUACUGACAAUGACUCCAAAAUGCGUGCCGCCUGGGCCAUAUUUAAUGAGAAUACCCUUAUAUUGUGUGUAUUGGUUGUGCAGCUCAUACUUUGAAUUUGCUGUUUCGAGACAUAAUGGAAAUUGUAAGUGUAAAUAAUAUAAGGAAAGACUGUAAAACUGUGAUAAAAAGUGUGAGGAAUCAUCAUGUUACUCAUGCUGUGUUCAAAGGGGAACAACAAGAACGAUAUGGUAAUAAAGCCAUUUCGUUGAAACUGCCUCCUAAAACCCGUUGGUUUUACUUUGUAAUUUCUAUGCAUACUUUGAAAGCUAAC